CGCUCACCAAGAAGUUCAACAUGAUGACAAGCAAAGACAGAAACAUGGACACCGUUCUGUGGGAUCAGCGCUUCCGUUGCUGCAUUUGUUUGGAUGUCUAUUCUGAUCCUGUCUCCCUCCCGUGUGCACACAACUUCUGCUUUGGAUGUAUCAAGGGCUUUUGGGAUUCUCAAAACGCCUGCGAGUGUCCGCUCUGCAAAACGCAGUUCAGAAGUCGCCCGAAACUGAGGAUCAACAAAGACUUUGAAGAAAUGAUAGAGCUAUUUCUAAGGCCAAAACAAAGCAUUGAGGUGAACCCAGACGCAGACUCCCUGAAUCAUUCCGAUGACGUUCUUUGUGAUGUCUGCAUUGAAACAAAGUCAAAAGCAACAAAAUCUUGCCUCAAGUGUCAGACGUCUUACUGUGAAGUCCAUCUGACGACUCACCAGAGGAAUCCAACCUUGAAGAAACACCAGCUCAUGGAUCCAACCAUAUUCCCCAACAGCAAUCUCUGCAGACAUCACAAAAAACCACUGGAGAUGUUCUGCAAGACUGACCUGAGACCCGUGUGUAACAAGUGCUCAGAGAGUCACCACCAGCACCAUGAUAUAGUCCCCAUGGUGCAGGAGAGCAAGAGAGUGAAUGUGGUCUUGAAGAAGACCCAGUCAAACGUGAAGCAGCUGAUCCGCAGCCGACUGAAGAAAGCAGAAGAAGUGAGACAAUCAGUGGAGCAAAGCAAAAAAAUCACUGAGAAAGAGAUAGAGAGGAGCUCAGAGGUCUGCCAGGCCCUGAUUGGUGCCAUCCAGAGAAACCAGCAGGGUCUGGUGGAGGAGCUGAAGACGCGGCAGGACGAGGCCGAGAGGAGGGCCAAGGAGCUGCUGAUGGCACUGGAGCAGGAAAUCAGCGACCUGCAGAUGCAAAGCAGUGAGCUCCAUCUCUUGGAGCAGAGCAGGAACUCGCUUCACCUGGUGCAGAGCUUCGCAUCGGUCGCAGUUCCGCCCAUGAGAGACUGGACUGAGGUGACCGUCCACGCUGAUAACUGCAUGGGAAUGGUCAGAAGAUCCAUGGACACGCUGGUGGAAGCCUGUCAGCAGCUUGCGAACACAAUGUCCGCAGCAGAGGCAGACAUGGUGACGCAAUAUGCUGUGAACAUCACUCUGGAUCCUGCAACUGCCUGUGGUUGGGUGGACGUUUCUUCCAAUGGGAAAAAUGUGAACAUCAGCAAACAGAAUAAGAAAACUCUGGACGGCCCGCAGAGGUUCGACUCCUGUGUUUGUGUUCUGGCCAAGGAGAGUUUUGUGUCUGGGCGAUGCUACUGGGAGGUGCAGGUGGGAGACAAAACGGACUGGGAUCUGGGCAUCGCCAAGAAGUCCAUCCGCAGGAAGGGCCAGAUCACGGUGCGACCUGAAAAUGGUUUCUGGUCAAUCUGUCGGAGGAAAGGUGGCGCCCUCAGCUCCUGCACGAGCCCGUCUGUCACCAUCCCCCUCCAGGAGAGCCCUAAAAGAGUGGGAGUCUUUGUCGACUAUGAGGAAAGGCUGGUCUCCUUCUACGACGCAAACACAAAGACUCACAUUUACUCGCACAGGGGCUGCAACUUCACCGAGCCGCUGUACCCAUACUUUAAUCCCUGCCUGUCGGAAAAUGGGAAGAACUCUGCACCGCUGAUGAUCUGUCCUGUCGAAGAGAGUCACAGACUUUGAACAAGCCGUGUGCUGGUCACUUUCCAAUCAUGAACGUGUGAAUGAGUUUUACUGUACAAAGAUUGUGUUCAGGGGCACAUUUUACGCAAUGAAAUGUGAAUAUGAAAUAAAGACAAACAAAAUAA